AUGAAGAUAAUCAUAUAUUUUAGCAUUUGGGCAGCAGCAUGGGCCAUUCCGGUUCCUCAAAUCAAGUCAUUGGAGAGAUAUGCUGUUGACAAAUCUGUGAAUUUAAAUCUUCCAGCAAAACCAAAAGUGCCAAUACAGGAUGAUUUAAAUGCUAAUGAUACCACCAAAGAGAGUGGUGUCCCCAUACAUGAAAAUGAAAUGGGAAGGCAACAGUAUACCAAAGAUGGUUACAAAGUAGAGGGAAAUUGCUCUGAGUGGACAGAAGUAGGAGGGAAAAGUUCUUCUACACUUUCCAUAUUAGUAAAUGAAGAGGAGAAUCCCCAGGAUCAGAAUGGGGGCAGAGGAGGACCAGAAACAUAUGGUCAUGAUGGGAUACAUGGAAAGGAAGAUAGCACCACAGCCAAUGGUCUUAGGGGACAAGUAAGGAUUACUGACAAUACUGGAGCAGCGAAUGGGAGCGAUAUUAAGGGAAAUACUGAUGAGGAUUCAAAAAGUGGGACUAUUGGAGAUGCAAGUCAGAGUGAGAAUGCCACUGUUGUCAAAAAAGAUGAACACCAAAUUGCUGGAAGCAGUAAUGGUACAGGCCAUGAGGAUGGCAUAAAUGGGAAUUCCUGUAGAAAUGAGAGUGCUGCAUGGGAAAUAACACCUCAGAAAGAAAGGGAGAGAAAUGGUCAUGAGGAGGCAAAGGUAACGCCAGGGGGAAGUGGAGCUGGCAAUAGAGAGGACACUGGCCUAGGUAAUUCUGACGGGAGUCCUAGCGGGGAUGGAGAAGAUGAGGGGAUGGAUGAAGACAAGGGCUCUGGUGAUAAUGAAGGUGAAGAAACAGGAAAGGGAGAGGAGGACACUGAUAAUAGCAAGGGCCAGGAGGGUCAGGGCCAUGGAAAAGAAGAUGAUAAUGAUAACAGUUUAGGUCAAAAUUCAAUCAGUAGUGAAGACGAUGACCCUGAAGACAAAGAAGAUGCCCAACACGUGGAUGGAGACAAUGCCUCCAACAGUGAGGAGGAUUCUGAUGGUAUUCUAGAAGGAAAUGAUAGCAAAAGAACACAGGGCGCCCGAAAACCCAAUCACAGAGAAAACAGUGAUGUGGAAAGUGGAACGACCAAAGAAUCAGAGCCAAGUACUAAUGGGAAGAGCCAAGUAAAGGGAAUAGAAAUUGAAGGUCCCAGCAGUGGCAACAGAAACAAUAUUACCAAAGAAGCUGGGAAAGUCAACAAAGAUAAAGAGAGUAAAGGACAGCAUGGGAUGAUUGCAGGCAAUGGAAAUGUUAAGACACAAGGAGAGGUUGACAAUAUUCAAGGACCUGGCCAGAAAUCAGAACCUGGAAAUAAUGUUGGACAGAGCAGAACAGGUAGUGACAGCAACAGUGAUGGGUAUGAUAGUUACGAGUUUGAUGAUGAAUCCAUGCAAGGAGAUGAUGCCAAUAGCAGUGAUGAGUCUAAUGGCAAUGAUGAUGCCAACUCUGAAGAUGACAAUAACAGCAGUAACCAAGGAGACACAUCUUAUAACUCUGAUGAAUCAAAAGAUAAUGGCAAUGACAAUGACUCAAAAGGGGAAGGAGGUGAUGAAAGUGACAGCACAUCAGAUGCUAAUUAUAGUGACAGUAAUGGCAAUGGUAACGACGGGAGUGAUGACAGCAAAUCAGACAGCAGCAAAGAUAAAUCAGACAGCAGUGAUAGCAGUGACAGCAGUGAUAGCGACAGCAGUGACAGUAGUGACAGCAGCGACAGCAGUGACAGUAGUGACAGCAGUGACAGCAGCGACAGUAGUGACAGCAAAUCAGAUAGUAGUGACAGCAGCGACAGCAGCGACAGCAGUGACAGUAGUGACAGCAGCGACAGCAGCGACAGCAAAUCAGAUAGUAGUGACAGCAGCGACAGCAGCGACAGCAGUGACAGUAGUGACAGCAGUGACAGCAGUGAUAGUAGUGACAGCAAAUCAGAGAGUGACAGCAGCGACAGCAGCGACAGCAGUGACAGUAGUGAUAGUAGUGACAGCAAAUCAGAUAGUGACAGCAGCGACAGCAGUGACAGUAGUGAUAGUAGUGACAGCAAAUCAGAUAGUGACAGCAGCGACAGCAGUGACAGUAGUGACAGCAGCGACAGCAGUGACAGUAGUGAUAGUGACAGCAAAUCAGAUAGUGACAGCAGCGACAGCAGUGACAGUAGUGACAGCAGCGACAGCAGUGACAGUAGUGAUAGUAGUGACAGCAAAUCAGAUAGUGACAGCAGCGACAGCAGCGACAGCAGUGACAGCAGUGACAGCAGUGACAGUAGUGAUAGUAGUGACAGCAAAUCAGAUAGUGACAGCAGCAACAGCAGUGACAGCAAAUCAGAUAGUGACAGCAGCGACAGCAGUGACAGCAAAUCAGAUAGUAGUGACAGCAGUGACAGUAGCAACAGCAACGACAGCAGCGACAGUAGUGACAGCAAAUCAGAUAGUAGUGACAGCAGUGACAGUAGCAACAGCAGUGAUAGCAGUGACAGUAGUGACAGCAGCGACAGCAGUGACAGUAGUGACAGCAAAUCAGAUAGUAGUGACAGCAGUGACAGUAGUGACAGCAGUGACAGCAGCGACAGCAGUGAUAGCAGUGACAGUAGUGACAGCAGCGACAGCAGCGACAGUAGUGACAGCAAAUCAGAUAGUAGUGACAGCAGCGACAGUAGUGACAGCAGUGACAGUAGCAACAGCAGUGAUAGCAGUGACAGUAGUGACAGCAGCGACAGCAGCGACAGUAGUGACAGCAAAUCAGAUAGUAGUGACAGCAGUGACAGUAGUGACAGCAGUGACAGCAGCAACAGCAGUGAUAGCAGUGACAGUAGUGACAGCAGCGACAGCAGCGACAGUAGUGACAGCAAAUCAGAUAGUAGUGACAGCAGUAACAGUAGUGACAGCAGUGACAGCAGCGACAGCAGUGAUAGCAGUGACAGUAGUGACAGCAGCGACAGCAGCGACAGUAGUGACAGCAAUUCAGAUAGUAGUGACAGCAGUGACAGUAGUGACAGCAGUGACAGCAGCGACAGCAGUGAUAGCAGUGACAGUAGUGACAGCAGCGACAGCAGUGACAGUAGUGACAGCCAAUCAGAUAGUAGUGACAGCAGUGACAGUAGUGACAGCAGUGACAGCAGCAACAGCAGUGAUAGCAGUGACAGUAGUGACAGCAGCGACAGCAGCGACAGCAGUGACAGCAGCGAAAGCAGUGACAGUGCUUCUGACAGUAGUGAUGAGAGUGACAGUAAGAGCAAGUCUGGUAAUGGCAACAACAAUGGAAGUGAAAGUGACAGUGAUAGUGUCAGUGAAGGCAGUGACAGUAAUCACUCAACUAGUGAUGAUUAG